AGAGUAAGCACUCGCCCAACGGUGCCAUCUGGUUCGGUGGCACCAUGUCGGGCAUCUAUAAAGUGAACCCUAGGCCGCUAGGCUUCAUUUUUUGAUGCCCCAUCCAGACGCACGAGCGAUGAUGGCGGUCCGGGAUGAGCGAGCGGCGACGGCGCGACCUCGGAGGCGCGAGCGACGGUGCCCCCUUCGCACGACAGCGGUGGUUCCCCGACGAGGGGGCGGUGACGAUGACCCCGGAGGCGCGAGCGCCGGCCGUGGCCCAGGGAGCCGCGAGCGGCCAGAGGCUCGUGCGGCGGUGUCGACCAAAGGUGUGCGCGAUGGUGGAGGUUCCUCGAGUGCGCACGGCAGCGACGACCCCAUCCAGAGGUCGCGCGAGGCGGGACUGUCUCCAGCGGCGGCGGCCACACGAGGCACGCGUGGCUCCGGCAGUGUCGGUGGUCGCGCAAGGCGCGUGCUGCAAGGGUCUGUGGUCCGCACGACGGUUCAGGCGUCCUUCGAUCACCAAUUCCUCCGAUCUAGUGGUCUCGGUUGCGUCCUCAGACGAUGACCUCCCCCAAUCCUUUGUUUCAUACAUGCGGUUGUUGGGUGACCACAUACUAGGAUUUUUUUCAUUAAUUAUGAUGUACGAUGUAAGUAUUUAUGCAACUUUCUAUAAUGAUUUAUAUCUUGCACGAUAUUAGCAUCCAACUUUUGCGUGUAUGCUGUGGGAACGAAAAUAUCAUUCAAAAUUUUGUGGGCAUG